GACGCGAGAUGGCCGACGACAACGGCGGCGGCGGCGGCGACGACCACGUCAUCGAGGGCGCCCGCGCCGAGGGUGAUACACAUCCACGUGAAGAGGGAUUGUCAAAAUCCAGGGACCGAGACAGAGAAAAAGACAAGGACAAGGAGCGUCACAGAGACCGUGACAGAGAUAGAGGAAGAGACAGAGAUCGGGGUCGGGACAGGGAUCUGGACAAGGACCGGGACAGGGGCAAGGAUCAGGACCGCCACCAAAGGCAUCACCGUGAAAAAAGGGAGCACAGAGACCGUCCUGAUGAUCAUGAUCGCCAUAGAAGCCGUGAUUCUGAAAGGAGAAGGGACCGAGAAAGAGAUGGACAUCGCAGGCAUCGCUCUCGUUCACGCUCUCGUUCAAGGGGCAGGGAUGAUCACAGAUCUCGAUCUCAGUCAAAAAGCAAGCGAGUAAGUGGAUUUGACCUGGGACCAUCAUCAGCACAAUCUGUAGUUCCUCAGUUCCCUACUAUUCCAACCCCAAGUAUGCUCUCCUCAACAAGUUCUGUGUUUCAUUUUUGCAGUUUUGUUUAUUUUAGUUGGUUCUUAUUGUACUUACAUCUGGGUCCAUUUGAGAUCCAGACUGAUGGUCAGUUACCGGGCUCUUCAAUUCCUGGAAUGUUCCCGAACAUGCUCCCUUUUGCUGUUGGACAGUUCAAUCCCCUCGUCAUGCAGCCUCAAGCAAUGACUCAACAGCAUAUUUUUCCUCAGGCUACUCGGCAUGCUCGGCGUGUUUAUGUUGGUGGCCUUCCUCCAUCUGCUAAUGAACAGUCUGUUGCAAUAUAUUUUAAUCAAGUCAUGGCUGCUAUUGGAGGAAACACUGCUGGUCCAGGCGAUGCUGUCCUUAAUGUGUACAUAAACCAUGACAAGAAAUUUGCUUUUGUGGAGAUGAGGUCUGUGGAGGAAGCAAGCAAUGCAAUGGCACUUGAUGGCAUUUUGUUUGAAGGAGCACCAGUGAAGGUUAGAAGACCAACAGACUAUAACCCUUCUCUAGCAGCUGCCCUGGGCCCAAGCCAGCCAAGUGGAAAUCUGAAUCUUGCUGCAGUUGGCCUAACACCAGGCUCAGCUGGAGGAUUAGAAGGCCCGGACCGUAUUUUUGUUGGUGGCCUUCCCUAUUACUUCACCGAGGCUCAAGUUCGGGAGUUGCUUGAAUCAUUUGGGCCACUUCGAGGAUUUGAUCUUGUGAAGGAUAGGGAAACUGGCAACUCAAAGGGUUAUGCAUUCUGCGUCUACCAGGACCUCAAUGUCACUGACAUAGCUUGCGCUGCUCUAAAUGGUAUCAAGAUGGGAGACAAAACCCUUACUGUCAGAAGAGCAAACCAGGGAUCAGCCCAGCCUAGACCGGAGCAGGAGAAUAUCCUCUUGCAGGCACAGCAGCAGGUGCAGUUACAGAAACUUGUGUAUCAAGUUGGAGCGCUUCCUACAAAGGUUAUAUGCCUUACCCAGGUAGUUACUGCUGAUGAAUUAAAAGAUGAUGAAGAAUACGAGGACAUUAUGGAGGACAUGAGGUUGGAAGCUGGGAAAUAUGGAAACUUGGUGAAAGUUGUCAUCCCGCGGCCUCAUCCCGGUGGAGAGCCAAUUGCUGGAGUUGGAAAGGUGUUCUUGGAGUAUGCAGACAUCGAUGGCUCCACCAAAGCAAAGACUGCCAUGCACGGAAGAAAAUUCGGUGGAAACCCAGUUGUUGCGUCCUUCUACCCCGAGAACAAGUUCGCUGAUGAGGAAUAUGAUGAAUAAAUUAUCACCUCUUUCCCAGUGUUUUGCAUAUUGUUUAAUUUACAACGAUGUUUUCUCGACCUAGUUGAACCAACUUGUAGCCCUCGAUUUAUGCAGAGCUGUCGUAGUAAGAUUGGAAUAUAGAUCGCCUAAAGUUGAUCUAAUUGCUUGUCUCUUAUAUUGACGCGACCUUGGAUUCCUUGUUCA